AUCUCUGUGGGCAGGCACGCUUGCGUCCUCUGACGUCAUCUGAAGUUGCCGGAAAAGGCGAUCGGACGUCUGGACGGAGAAAGAUGGCCGGAUUACUGAAGAAGACCACGGGCCUGGUGGGUCUGGCCGUGUCGCAGAACCCUCAUGAGCGUCUGAGGAUCCUCUACUCCAAGAUCCUGGCGUCGCUGCAGAGCAUGCCACAGGACGCCGCCUACAGGAAGUACACGGAGCAGCUGGUGACGCAGCGCUUUGACCACGUGAAAACGGAACCAGACGUGGAGAAGCUGGAGAAGAAGAUCAACGGGGGGCAGAUCGAAGAGGUCAUCUUCCAGGUGGGAAACGGACCCAGCAGAACCUGGAGCGGUUCUGGUUGACAUCCAGAUUAUACGGGCCUGGUACCGAGCACAGGGCCUUAGUGGACUCCAUCA